AUGAGCGGGCAUGGUUCCUCUUCAGAAAAGGGAGUCAAUACCAGUCUGAUAUGUCAAGAGAGUUAUCUCUGUGGGGGCUCUGAGGAGGCUGCAUUUGAAUGUGAUGAGUGUAAAACCUUACAGUGCGUUGGCUGUGAGCUUGAGCUUCACAGUCAGGAGCGUCUGAAGAACCAUCAGCGGGUUCAUAUAGGGCCUGGCCAUGUACCCUACUGUGAUCAUUGCAAGGGAGGUAAUGGUGGUUCGGACAAUGGUAGACGACAGAGGUCUGUGGUUCGCUGCCAGAGCUGCAAAGUUAACUUGUGCCAAGACUGUCAGAAACGCACCCACGGUGGAGGUAAUAAAAAGAAACACCAGCUCACCCCUUAUCCUCCUCCAACCAAACCUAAUGAGGCCUACCCUGGCCAGAAGUCUGUUCAGCUCUCUGCUGAAACGCCCGAUCAUGAGACCAAAGCCGAGAGAGAGAAAUUGUUGGAGAAUGUGUCAAGUUUUCUUCUGGUUGAUGAAAAUGAAGAAAUGCAGGUAAAAAAUGAGGCUGCCUUUAUUAAGAAACUCAGUUGCGAAGCUGGCCGAUUGCUGAAGGUGGUGUCCAUCUUUGGCAACACAGGAGAGGGGAAAUCCCACACCCUGAACCACACAUUUUUCAUGGGCAGAGAAGUGUUCAAGACCUCUCCCACACAAGAGUCCUGUACGGUGGGGGUGUGGGCUGCAUUUGAUCCUAUCCGUAAAGUGGUGGUGAUCGAUACAGAAGGCUUGCUAGGGAAUAAUCCCAAACAGGGUCAGAGAACUCGCCUCUUACUCAAGGUGCUCGCCAUCUCUGACCUCAUCAUCUACCGCACUCACUCCGACCGUCUCCAUGAUGACCUCUUCAAGUUCCUCGGUGAUGCAUCCGAUGUGUACCUGAAGCACUUCACCAAGGAGCUGAAGGCCACAACUGCCCGCUGUGGCCUAGACGUCCCGCUGUCUACCCUGGGCCCUGCAGUGGUCAUCUUCCAUGAAACCGUCCACACCAAGUUGCUUGGUUCAGAUAAGCCAUCUGAUUCAGUAGAUCGGCUGCUAUUGGAACGCUUCAGGAAGCUAGGCCGUUUCCCAGAGGCCUUCAGCUCUGUCCAGUACCGGGGCACACAGACCCUCACCCCACCUACUGACUUUCGUGGCCUGCAGAAGAAUCUGGAGCAGCUCCUGGAUAACAACGCCACUCGCUCCCCUCGCACUCCAGUGGUCAUUUUCAAAGCUCUGCAGGCCCUGAGUGAGCGAUUCAAUGGGGAGAUUGCAGACGAACUUGUGGCCCACAGCUGCUUCUUCCCCGAUGAGUACUUUACCUGCUCAAGCAUCUGCCUCAGUUGUGGCUCAGGUUGCAAGAACAGCAUGAACCACCUAGGGGAAGGACUGUGCCAUGAGGCUAAGCAUCGUUGCCGCUACUCUGCCCAGUAUGAGAAUCGCAUUUACACUUGCAAGACUUGCUAUGAAGAGGGGAAAGAAGUGAUAGUUGUUCCUAAAACCUCAGCUUCCUCCGACUCACCGUGGAUGGGCCUUGCCAAAUAUGCCUGGUCUGGUUAUGUGAUUGAAUGUCCCACAUGUGGAGUUAUCUAUCGGAGCCGUCAAUACUGGUAUGGGAAUCAGGACCCUGUAGACACAGUUGUUCGUACUGAGAUCCAGCAUAUAUGGCCGGGGUCGGAUGGCUUUCUGAAGGACAAUAGCAAUGCAGCACAGCGCCUUUUGGAUGGAGUUAACUUGGUGGCCCAGUCUGUGUCAGAGCUCAGUGUCAAGCCUGCCAAGGCCGUAACCUCCUGGCUGACAGAUCAGAUCGCCCCGGCCUACUGGAAACCCAACUCCCUCAUCUUGACAUGCCAUAAGUGUCAUGCAGUCUUCCAGGACAAUGAUACCAAACAUCACUGCCGUGCCUGUGGGGAGGGCUUCUGUGAUGGAUGUUCAUCCAAAGCCACUCCCGUCCCUGAGAGAGGCUGGGGUCUCGGCCCUGUUAGAGUGUGUGACCUCUGUUUCGAGCAGAGAGCCUUCCAUACAGAGUGUCUUGAGGCGGAGCUCGAGGAAGAGGAUGGUGGGACCCUAGCCAGGAAGGUUGGAGAGGCAGUGACCAACACCCUAGGGGCUGUCGUAACUGCUAUUGACAUCCCACUUGGCCUUGUUAAGGAUGCCGCUCGUCCUGCAUACUGGGUGCCUGACCAGGAUAUCUUGUCCUGUCAUAACUGCCAACGUGAGUUCACUGCCAAGCUGUCCAAGCACCACUGCCGUGCCUGUGGACAAGGUGUGUGUGACGACUGCUCUCCGGAGCGUCGACCAGUUCCUUCGCGGGGCUGGGAUCACCCUGUACGUGUGUGCACCAACUGCAACCAGAAACCUGGAGACCUUUAACAGGGAUGGUCUUCCUUCCUCAGAGAAACAGAGAGAACCACGCGCCCACACAGCCCACAGU